AUGAUUCAAGUUGAUGAUAAUCCUUAAUAUAACAAUCUCAAUCUUAUCCAGAAGAUUAAUACUGAAAAGUAUUAGGAUAUUCAAGUUAAAAUAUAAAAACUCGAAUCUACAUUUUUCUAAUGUUUAAACCACAGUAAACAGUAAUAAAUGUACUAAAAUGAAAAAUUAUAAUCUGAUAAUUCAUAACUUCAAGAUAAUGAACAGAAUAUCAAUAAAGAAUUAUUGCUAUUUGAACAAUUUGAAAAAUACAUAACAUAAUACUUUGCUCAACUUCGUUAAUAAUUUGGAGAUAUAAAAUCGAUUUCUUUUAUGACUACCUAAUAGUUAAACCUAUUUUUUGAAGAAGCUCUUGAGCAAUUGAACCAUAAAACUAAGCUAUAUUAAGAAAUUCUUAAACUUAAAAUUAUACCAAGUUCACAAGGUAUUUAUUCAUUUAUUUAUAUAGUGUAAGAUUUAUUUUCAAAAGUAUUACCAACAAAAAUAAACCUAAUACUUAAGAAAUGGUAUUUAAACAAUUAUUGUUAUCCCUACCCAAAUUAGUUAGAGAUCAAAAAAUUAAUUAAUAAAACACAACUAUCGAAGAAGAAAGUAUUAUUUUUUUUUAUUAAGAUAUUAAAUUGGUUUAUUAAUGCUCGUAACAGCUUUAAAAGAAAAAAACAAAAAAAAUAAAAAUAUAAAUUAUUAGUCCAAGAACACUAUAAAGUUUUAUUCCAGCGAAAAAAACAAAGCUUCAACUCUAGUUAAGAAUAUCCAAAUUAAAAAAUUUUAUUUUGA